AUGGGGAUCGAAAUCCUAGAUUUACCCGUUGAGAUACUCGAAAUGAUCUUCUUCGAAGCCAUCCUUCCUUGGGAAGAGAGCAUCGACAAGCUCAUGGACUAUGAGAGUGGCCUCUGUAUUGCUCUGACCUGCAAGAGAUUCAAUCUCGUCGUUCGACGUGUCUUUUACCGUCGAAUCGAACUGGGCACGCCAGAUCUUGAUCCCAUCAGCGGAAGGGCUGAAAGUCUGUUGCAGUCCCUGUCCUUGUACCCUGCAUUGCAAUCCACCUGUCAGUCCUUCCAAGUUUACCUCGAAGAAGGAGCCUUUACAAAGCACACCUUCAGAACAAUCAGCAAGCUGGUGUCUUUGCUUCAUCGCGUGCGCGUUUUCGAGGUGAUUGGGAGCAACGGCCAUCCGUGGACCUGGCUGCUACUUCUGAAAGCCAUUCAGAUGAAGACUGUGGAUGAGAUUCGAGCUGGUGACUGCAUUGUACCCCCUCAAGAUGUAUUCAUGAUCAAGAAAUGGGAGGUCUGGGCCGCGAGAAUGGCUGCUCUGGGAGACAAUAUUCCUGGAAAUGUUGCGUGUUUUCUCCACAGACAGAGUGAAAACGGAACCCUUCCUAUUAUCAAGACCGCGAAAUUGAACGGAUUCAGCCAAACCCCACCACUGCUGGCAGAGAUCAUGACCUGGUUCGACGGACUCGAGCAUUUUGCCUUUACGUACACGCGCCCGCAUGUGUGGGAUUAUAGAUGGGACUACGCCAACCUCGGAGCGGCCCUCGACCACCACAAGGAGACACUGAAGUCGAUUCUGAUUUAUCAGUUUGGGUACAGCGGGGCUGGCCUCUUCGACCUGACCAGCUACACGAAUCUUAGAGUGCUCGAACUCUCAUUCUACAACGUCAUGGUUGAACCGCCAGAAUACGCCGCGACCAGACUCCUUGCGCCGAACUUGGAGCUAUUGGUGCUUGACUUUUGGACGCAUGUCCGCCAGAAGGCGAAAUACAACUGUAUUGAACGUGGUGACGAGGAGUGGUUCGUGCAAUUUGGAGAACAUGCGGCCAAAAGACGAAAGUCCCUGCCCCGGGUGCACGCCAAAAUCCCCGUCUAUGCGUUCCGAGGCACUAAGCAGGAGCUUGGCCAGGCCCAGCUCACGUUUGAUGAUCUCGACCACAUCGAGGAUGCGCUGCAGGGAUAUGGCAUUGACUUCACAUUCGACGAUCCUCCUAUCUCAAAAGAAAAACGGGAGGAAUGGAUACGAGAGAAGGAUGAAUGGGACUUGCUGGAUGGACUUUGGAGAUAUAUGAACCGCUGGGCGAAAUACCACUCGGAGGAAUCAGAUUCGGGGGAAUCUACAGACGAGCUGGAUGCCGGGGAGCCCGAGAAAGAGACCCAGGAAUCUACAGACAGCUUGGAUAUCAAGGAAGAUGAGAAACUGGCCCAGGAAUCCGCAGACAAGCUGGAUACUAAAGAGCCCGAGGAGGAGAUCCAGACUUGA